AUGUCUUUCUCACAGCUGAUUUUGCGUGAUAUAUCUCUCGACACGUGCCUAGAAGAACUCAGAGGAUAUUCGGACGAGCUCAAAACUUUGGCAAAGGAGACCACCCGUGACAAGGAUCGCAGGGCGGGCGUGAUCGAUGAGGUCCGCAAUGACGCUUUCCCAUCGACGCGGGUUCUCGCCUUUGUUGAACAAUACGUCAAGGCUGAAGAAGAUGAGCAGUCCUACGAACGAAGGCAAUGUUGGGGGCGAAUAGGAUUUUCCGUAUUACGCAUUCUGCGGAAUGCUGCAAUUGGCGACGGUCAGCUCUCGGUGCUGUCUAUUCUCUUGGCGAGGCAAGACUUGUUGCAGAGGCUAGCAACGUGGACCUUUCAGCUGGAAGCAGAAAAUCAUAAGGUCUGUCAAUCCAUGAUCGAAUGCCUUUGCAACUCCAUUACAUGCAAUGAAUCCGCUCAGCAGAUUCUCUGGUCUGCGCUUCGUGCCAAACACACUUCGGCUCCGCACAUCGACUUCCGCUGGACAUCUUUUGACACUACCAAACAAAGCUACUUCACUAGUAGCAUGCGUGUUGUUGCUCAAUGUCUGCCGAACCGGCGAUUCGGGCAUAGAACGAUGAUAUCUGGCCGGUCCAUCGAACGGGAAGACGACCCAGAGGAGGAAGACGGAAAAUUAGACGAGGAGCGUCUACGAAUCAUUUAUCUCUUUUCGUUGGGCCUCUUCGGCGACAUCUACACCAACAUCCAGCCUGAGCAGAACUCUUCCCACGGCACGAUCACCACGGAGCAAGUCACAUUCCUCAAGUUGUUCGAUGCACACCUCUGCCAUCAUGCCAACGAGUAUCCUCUGUCGAGAGCAAUGGGCGAUGCACAAGUACUGCUCGAGCAAUAUCAAUUCCUGGCAGGAAAAGCUCUGAGCAUUAUGAGCAUGGAAGACGGCGAGCCAUGGGAGGGAGCGCGGAGUGAGCUCAUUGCCAUCCACCAAGGCCUUGUGCUGCUUUUGCAAGCAAUACUCGCCUUUGUAUUGCCCACGCAAGGUACUGUGGGGGCCCUUCCAGCGGAGGAGAUGGCCGUCCAUGAAGAGAUCGCGUCCCCCGCGGAAGGUGAAGGGCUGCUGUUGGUCGGAAGAAUACUCAUCAAAGAGUUGAGAGCAUCAAAGACUCUUGCAGUGGAGCAGAUUGUCUCUCUGCUCAAGACAAUCACUUCAUUCAGUCCAGCCAUUUCGCCCUUUCAGCCUUUGACUUCAGCAGCAGCCGCUCCGCCACCUAACCACAUCGCCACGCAGACGGGAGAAGCGAAGUCUCUGGCUUCCUCCAAGUCAGACUCGGCAGGAAGAGAAGUACAAGGAAAGGGGCUCCGCUACCUCAAGCGCGACCUUCUUCGUCUCCUCACGUCACUGGUCUUUCUCCCGCCGAGAACGGCUGCCGUUGACGCGAGCGAAAGGGCGACCGUCACAGAGGUGCAAGACAGGGUGCGCGAAAGUGACGGGCUGUACACAGUGCUGAGCAUGACGGUGUUGGACGUUGAAAACCCCUGUGAGUUGCUGAUAGAGGGUAGUCUGACGUUUGUGAGUCACUAG